UAGAUACAGAUAUUGAUAAUUGAUAAAUGAUAUGGAUAGACAGAUAAUAAAUAAUAGAUAAAUACUAUAAUUCAUCCAGCAAUGAUCGCCUCCCCGCAUCUUUUUCGACUCGACCAGUCAAAUUUCCCUUUCUGGCUCAUUUUCGCUCGUUUCUUUCUUCUCACCUGAUGUUUUCCUCUUCUCUCUUUCUCUCCACUUCCCCAGAUCUCUUCCUCUUCUUCCUCCCCUCUCCAUCUUUCUUCACCAUCUCUCUUUAUGUCUAUGAAUAUGCCCUAGCACCAUGGUCAAUGGGACCAAUACACCCGGCGAUGGCAUCACCGGGGGUUAUACCGGUCACAACCUGGGCAUCCAGAUCACCAUCGCCACCCUCGCCGGCAUCACCUGGUACAAUGCCAUCGAGCUCAUCAUCCUCGUCUUCGUCACCUUCAGCCAGUAUCGCGGCCUCUACUUUUGGAGUCUUUUCGUCUCGGCCUCCGUUGGUCUCGUCCCCUAUUCUCUCGGUUUCCUGCUCAAGUUCUUCAACCAGAACCAGAUAACAUGGCUGUCCGUCACCUUCAUCACCAUCGGCUGGUACGCCAUGGUCACCGGCCAGGCCUUUGUCCUCUACUCGCGUCUCCAUCUCGUCCUGCGCAAUCCUCGUGUCCUCCGUCGCGUCCUCGCCAUGAUCCUCCUCAACCUCCUCUUCCUCCAUAUCCCCACCACCGUCCUCACCUACGGCUCCAACAUGCCUGACCGCUCCCCCAGCCGUUCGCAAUACAUCGCCGGCUACAACGUCAUGGAGAAGAUCCAAAUGACCGGCUUCUGCAUCCAGGAGUUCAUCAUCUCAGCCCUCUACAUCUGGGAAACCACAAAGAUGCUUCGUCUCGACCCUGACGGCGGCAAGCGCAAAAUCAUGUACCAGCUCGUCAUCAUCAACUCCCUCAUCAUCCUCAUGGACCUCGGCCUCCUCAUCAUCGAAUACCGCAACUUCUACAUCAUGGAAACCAUGAUCAAAGGCGUCGUCUACAGCAUCAAACUCAAGCUCGAAUUCGCAGUCCUAGGCAAACUCGUCCACCUCGUCAGCUGCCACGUCUGGAACUCAGACUCCGUCCACCACGUCGCCGGCAUCCUCAUCCCCUCUCGUCCGGGAAUCUCCCCUCCUCCUCACUACCACCCGGACUUCCCCGACUUCGUCGACGCUACCCGCGUCACCUCAGACCUCACCCACGCCCCUUCUACCGCCCGUCGUCGUUCCCACCCCUGGAUGGACUCGGACGACGUCUCCAUCGCCAUGUUCGAGCAUUCAAGCGUAUCCAGGGACCACGAGACGGGCCGGUCCGGUCACUCCGGCCACUCGGAUAUCUCGUAUUCCUGGAGUGGCGAAACUCAAACUAACAACCACCCUUUUCCAGAGCGAGAACUAAGUCCCCUUGACUUUACGGAUUCUCUUCAAAAACAAAAGGAUCAUCGUGAGGAUAUCUGAUUUAUCUAUUUGAUGCAUCUUUUCUCUCCUUUUACGAAUUACGAGCCACGACUUUACGUCUUGUACACCAGGAUACCUCCCUCAAAGGGAAUACUUUUACUUUCUUCUUCUCAUUCUUGGAAAAAAACAGUCCAGUCCAUCCAUACCAAUCCGGGGAAUCAUAAUUAUCCCUGUGAAUACCCAAAAAAACAAAAACCCUACAUAUCGGAAAUGAUACCCCCCUUUUUUUCUCUCCCUUUUUACUUUUUGCUUUUUAUUUUUAUUUUUUAGUGGGUUUCCACCAUCGUAUCCUUACCUGGUGGGUUUAGGAUAGGUAACAUACAUUCAUCACAUCCCGAAGCUAGGGCUUUCGGAACGGGCUUUUGUAUUUUUGUCGGAUCGGAUGUAUAUCGGGC